ACAGAACUUCAAUUCAUCAACUGAUCCACAGCUGAAAUCUAUAAAAGUCAAUAAUAGAGUCAUCAUCACCUUUCUCUCUCUCUCUCUCUCUCUUACAUUUUCCUCUGAGAUUUUCUUCAGUCGAUCAAGAAAAAAAAAGCGAAAAUGCUGGCCGUCUUCAACAAAUCGGUGGCGAAAAGCCCAGAUGCACUGCAGCAGAGCCCCGUAAACGGCGCCGUUUCCGCCCUAAAAGACGGAUUCUUGGCGGCGCAUUUCUCCUCCGCACACUCGGGCUCCUUCGUAAUCAAUCUCGCCUCUUCCGGCUUCAUUGCCUACUCUUCUUCCCGACAGAACCCUCUUCUUCCUAGACUUUUUGCGGUUGUGGAUGAUAUGUUCUGCUUGUUCGAGGGCCACAUUGAAAACAUUGCAGCUCUUAAGCAGCAGUAUGGCUUGAACAAGACGGCUAACGAGGUGAGCAUUGUGAUUGAGGCUUAUAGGACUCUGAGGGAUAGGGGCCCUUACCCUGCUGAGCAAGUUGUGAGGGGCAUCCAUGGGAGGUUCGCAUUCAUUCUGUUCGAUGCUACUUCACAAUCCACGUUUAUUGCUUCCGAUGUAGACGGGAGCGUGCCUUUCUUUUGGGGAACUGAUGCUGAAGGUCACCUUGUUGUUUCUACUGAUACUGAGAUUGUGAAGCAAGGCUGUGGCAAGUCUUUCUCCCCAUUUCCCAAAGGAUGCUUUUUCACAUCAUCUGGAGGUCUGCGGAGCUACGAGCAUCCAAAUGAGUUGAAGGCUGUUCCAAGAGUGGACAGUUCAGGGGAGGUUUGUGGUAUGACAUUCAAGGUAGACGAAGAGUCGCGCAAAGAAAAACCAGCAAUGCCUAGGGUUGGAAGCGACGCAAAUUGGUCCAAGCACUAUUGAACUGGCUUGUGUCAUUAGCCGGCCCUCGGCUUUAUCUUGCUUUCCCUUAAACGCUUCUAGCAUCGAGACUUCGGUGACAUAUCGUGAUCCUUUGCUGAGUAACCAUAUAUGUAGCUGUAAAGGAGUGUUUCUUUCUGUUCUGCUUUGGAAAGACACUAUAAAAAUUAAAAGAUGAAGACAUUUUAAUGGCGUCUGCUCGAUUAUAAAUAACAUUUGAAGCAGCAA